GGGCACGGAGCGGAGCCGCGGCUGGAUGCGCUGAGCGCGGUGGGGACGACCGGGCCCCCGUAGCAGCGGCAGCAGCAGCGGCAGCAGCAUGGGUCGCCGGGGCUGCUGAGCGACGGCCGAGCCUGUCCCUGCCCGUCCCCGCCGAGGAGCCGCCAGGGAAUCCGGACGCACCGCCUCGCCGGUGCGGGGGACACCCUCCGGGUCCCCAGCCCCAUCACGCCGAGGAUGCCCCGGGGGCCUGCGGGCCUCCCCCGCCGCUCGCCAUGAGGAGGAAUCCGGCCGGGCCGCGGGCGCUGCCGCCGCUGCCCGCCGCCGCCUGAGCCCCGUGCCCCGGCCGUGCCCGCGCAGGGGCCGCCCGAGCGCCCCGGCGCCGUGACCCUCCUCCCGCCCCCUCGCCCGGCGCGCCCGGCUAUAAAGGAGGGUUUUAUUCUCGGGCUCCGGUCUCACGCCAAACCCUGUCACAUCGUCUAGACGAGCUGUCGUGGGGCUCGGCCCAGCUGUCACCAUGGCGAUGGAGACGAGUCCGCUGUGAAUUUUGGGGGGGGAGCGAGCGAGCGAGACCGGCGGCAGAGGAGGAGGAGGAAGGCUCGGUCGCCGCCGUGCCCUGCCCUCCCCCGCGGGGGAGGCUCGGACCCCCCGGCGCUGCCGACCGCGGCUGGAGCCGGCUCGGCGGGGAGCCCCGGGAGCCAGCGGCCGCGGGCGCGGGGCGAGUCUCAGAUGCGGCUGUCACACAACCCUGGCCGGGCUAUUUAAAGUAACGGGCCCCGCCGGACACUGGUGUCUCUGCCUAUUUAUGAGCCCCCGGGAGCCGGCGGGCGCCGCCGGGCAGCGCUAGGAGCCGAGGCCGCCGGGAGCAGCGCCGGGGCCCGCCCGGAGCAUGACGGCGAUCCGGGCGCUGCUGCUCUGCCUCUGCCUGGGGCUGCCGGCGGGCGGGCAGCCCUUCCUGCGCCUGCGACCCUCGCCCAGCGACAACCUGCCCGUCAAGGACAUCGUGGAGCACCCGGACCCCGAGUACGACCCCAAGGAACAGGACCUGGACGAGAGGACGCUGAGGAAGAAGCUGGGCAGCCAUUUCGACCCCGGCUUUAUGGCCGUGGCCGUGCCGGGGCCAGCCAACGCCUCGGGCGCCGCGGCGGCGGCGGGGCGGGGGCGGGCGGCGCUGCCGGCCGAGCUGCGGCGGCUGGAGCUGGGGCCGCCCCGGGGCCCGCGCCUGCGGCUGGGCAAGAAGGCGCGGCGGAAGGUGCUGCAGUGGCUGUGGGCGCACACCCACUGCCCCGUCUUCUACGCCUGGAAGGACCUGGGGGUGCGCUUCUGGCCGCGCUACAUCAAGGAGGGCAACUGUCUGGCCGAGAAGUCCUGCUCGCUGCCCGAGGGCAUGUUCUGCAAGCCCGUCAAGUCGGUCACCAAGACCUUCCUGCGCUGGCAUUGCCAGGGCUGGUCCAGUCAGAAGUACUGCACCUGGAUCCCCGUGCAGUACCCGCUCAUCUCCGAGUGCAAGUGCUCCUGCUAAGCCUCCCCGGCCCCUUGCACUGCCGCCCUCCUCCUCCGGAUCUCUUGGGGGGGGGGGGGGGCGCGAGGUUUUUCGGGUGGGUUUUUUUUGGGGGGGGGUGGGUUUUUUGGGAUAAUUUUUUUGGGAGGUGUUUUUUUUUCCCCACCCCCCAGAGCGAAGUGGGAGAAGAUGAACCGCUUUGGAGUUUUGGUUUGUUUUGGUGGUUUUUGUUGUUAAUUUUUAGGGGGCUUUUGUUCUGGUUUGUUUGUUUGUUUGUUUGUUGUUUUUUGUUUUUUUUUUGUUUUUUUUUGUUGUUGUUGUUUUAUUUUGUUUUGCUUUUUUGUUUUUUGGGGUUUUUUAUUAUUAUUUUUUGUUGUUAAUUUUUUUUCUCUUGGACUUCUUUUAAUAUUAUUUUAUUCAAAAGGGGGGAAAGCGAACCGAGGAACUGCAGGGCAGGCCAAAGGCACAGUAAAGCACUACAAUCAGAUGUCUAUUUUUAUACAUAUAUAGCCUUCUAACAAAAGGAAAAAAAAAAAACUUAAAAAAAAAAAACAAAAAAACUACCAGCCGUGUAAAUAGAGAGAUUUUAAAGGAAAAGGGGGGGGAAAUCGCAGCUGUUUUUUAUUAUUAUUGUAAUUAUUAUUGUUAUUAUUAUUAUUUUAAAGACAUAGGACCACAUUUUAAACCCAUCCCCACAGAACCCAUGCACUUCCCUCCCGAAGGGAAGGGCAGAAAUUUCUUGUAAAGAUGUUUUUAUCAAAAGGAGAAAAGGGGUAAAGGGUGUAAAAAAAGAAGACAAGAACCACAGCAUCCCCGAAGGGUUGUUUCUCUGUGCUGUAUUUUUUUAUCUUCUUCAGACCUUGUCACUGAUGUUUGAACUAAUUUGCCAAGCUCUCUAGUGUUUUGGGUUUUUUUUUUUUUAAGUUUAGAACAAUUAAUUAAGAAUGAAAUUUUAAAGGAAAGUACAAAUCUAUGAAAGAGUGGAAUUGUUUUGUUGUGUGGGCAUACAUAUAGUCGUGUAGAGGUUAAAAGAAAUUUUCUGUGUACAGCUUAUUUAUUUUUAAUGUUUGUGUAUAGAAAAAAAAAAGCUAGAGAUUAUGCCAGAAACUAUUGGAAAUGUUUACUUGAAUAUUCCUUUAAAAACAUAUCAAUGUAAAUAUGAGCUAUCACUCAUCAAAACAUUUUUAGCAAUAAACUCUAUCUUUGAAGAAAAACCCCAUGCUGCACUCCAGGUCUCUGGGAGACCAGCAGAAAUUCGGAUUCUUACUCAGAGCAGGUGCUGAAUAAAGGGCUUUGCCUGGGC